ACAAAACACUAGUUAGCAAGAAACAUCUGAUAAACUAAUAAAUAAUUUGAAUAUAGAAACCAUAAUAUGUUCCUAUUCAGCCACUGAUCUUCACUUGCAUCUUACAUGUAAAAGUCAGGUGCAUAUUUCUCAUGGGUACCCGAUGAUGAGUGUUAUGGACUCAGUGAAAGUCCCUUUAAGAUAGAGAGUGUGUGUGUAUGUGUGUGUGGGGCGUGCUUACGUCAAUAGAAGAUAAAGGACGUAAUGACGUUGUUGAAGAAGUCAGAAGAAGAAGAAGAAGAAGAGAGAGAGAGAGAAGGGAGAGAGACACCAGCCUGCUUGUUUUCUCUAUCGAUGGAUGAGAAACAAUAACUGUGUUUGCCACUGAAAUCCAUGUAUGGAAGUUGGAAGUAAUCCGGUGGAGUUCACUUUGUUGCUGACCUGUAGAAGGAAACAGGUAUUUGUGUGUGGACGACCACGAUUCGGAUGCUUUUCGGGGUGAGGAAGUCACUACCGAGUAAACACUGAAGUGUCGUUUGGGUUCCAUCGUGGAACAUUUGGAUUUCGUAUGUACUCUCUCUAUGUUUUUCUACAUCUACAUCUUAUCUUCAGACAACGGUGGUUGUUGAAGAAGCCCUUGCUCAUGUUUCACCUUAUGGCUUGCAGACCUGAACUUUAAGAACCAUUCCGGAACUGGGAGUUUUGGACUUUGUCACACACACACACGAAGAGUUUAGUUUUGGGGUUAACGUUCGAGGUUUAACAUUCUUGAAUUCUAACAUACUAACAUUUUUUUUAACUUUUAUUUUACGUAUUAUCAUAAGUAGUGAUUAAUAAAAUAGUUUUAACACUGAAUCAUGCUCAGUGUGUUUCUUUUGUUGCUGGUUCGUGACAAAAUUGGGGGCUCGUCUGGGAUAGUUCCCAAGGUUAACGAGAUUUGUAUGGGAUCCAAUCCAAAGAUUAACGAGUGUCGUCUGGGAUUGUACCCCAGAUUGACGAGAUUUGUUCGGGAUUCAAUCCAAAGAUUUUGAGGGAGGUCUGAUAAAUUCUUUUUAAUUGGCUUGUGUGUGUGGAAACCAGCAGCAAUGGAUAUUAAGGCAUUUUUGGAGUCACCAACCCAAAAGGGAUUGGAGGUGGCGAAAAAGGAUGAUUUGAUAAAGAUUGCUACAAGGCUAAACCUUACAGAAGUAAAGCAGUCUAUGAGAAAGGCAGAUAUUCAGAGACUGAUAGCUGGCCAUUAUGUGGAAAAGAAGGUGUUUGAGAAGGAAGUGUUAAAACAGUUUCCUGGCAGUGAAAUAGCAAUUUCUGAGGCACAGGUGCAGCUGGCAAAGAUAGAGGCUGAACGAGAGCAAAAUAAAUUAGAGGCCGAACAAAAGAUAACUCAGAUGAAGAUAGAGGCUGAUCUAGCAAUGAAGCAGAUGGAGCUGGAUAACGAGGAGAAAAAGAGGCAGCAUGAGUUACAAAUGAAGCGUAGGAGUUCGGAAUCUGAUUCUGAUGAUGGUUUUUCAGCCAGCAGGGAGGUUCGAUUAGUCCCUCCGUUUGAAGAAGAUCAGGUUGAUCAGUAUUUCCAACAUUUUGAAAAGGUUGCUGUGAGUUCAAACUGGCCAAGGAAAGGAUGGGCUCUUAUGGUACAGAGUGUGAUUAAAGGUAAAGCUCAAAAAGCUUAUUCUGCUUUGUCUGUUGAGGAUGCAGCUGAAUAUACCAAGGUAAAACAAGCUAUAUUGAAGGCCUAUGAAUUGGUCCCUGAGGCUUAUAGACAAAAAUUCAGAGACUUGAGGAAAUCUGCAGAUCAGACUUAUAUGGAAUUUGCCAAUGGAAAGAGAAUGUGUUUUGAACGAUGGUGCCUGGCUAAAAAUGUAGAUGGGGAUUUUGAUAAAUUGAAAGAAUUGAUACUAGUGGAAGACUUUAAAAGAUGUGUUCCAGCUGAGUUAACAACAUAUUUAAAUGAAAAGGCAGUGGAAACUUUACAAAAAACUGUUAGGUUGGCAGAUGAUUAUGCUUUAACCCAUAAAUCCAAAUGGGGACAACCUAAAACCUUUCAAAAGAGUUACAAAGACAAUCCAGGUAAACAGGAGAUUAAAUUGGGAGGUAAUCAAAAAGGAAAAGAUGAAAAGAAGCCAGGGCUGGAGAAACCUGUUGAGCGUACUUGUUAUUACUGUAGGAAACCUGGCCACGUGAUAUCUAAUUGUGCCCUUUUGAAGAAAAAGAAGGAAGCUGGGCCCAAUGCUUGCUUUCAGGCAAUUAAAAAUCAAAAAGGUUUGGGAGAUACUGUUAAAGAUCAGUCCUUGCAAGAGGGAAAAGCGGAAAAGUUGGAGGAGGUACGAGGACCGUUAGAAGAUUUUUGGGAAUGGUUGGAUAUUACCGAAAAUUUUGUAAAAAUUUUGCUGAUAUUGCUCUUCCCCUUCCUCAGAAGAAGGGAGUAAAGUUUGUUUGGACAGAUUCUUGUCAAGAAGCAUUUGAGAAGCUGAAAGCCAUUUUAUGCUACCAUCCUGUGCUCAAAACACCCGACUUUGAAAAGCCAUUUUCAUUAGCAGUAGAUGCCAGUGAUGAAGCUGCAGGAGCUGUGUUGUUGCAGAGGGGUGACCUUGAUGAUAUUGACCAUCCUGUAGCUUACUUUUCAAAGAAAUUUAAUGAGCAUCAAAAGAAUUAUUCCACCAUAGAGAAAGAAUUACUGUCGCUUGUUUUAGCCUUGCAACAUUUCAGUGUAUAUGUUUGCACCGCUCAGAAACCAUUGACUGUGUAUACAGAUCAUAACCCAUUGGUGUUUCUGAGCCGAGUCAAAAACAAGAACAGAAGGCUGUUAAACUGGAGUUUAAUUUUGCAAGAGUUUGAUCUCAUGAUAACUCACAUUAAAGGCAAAGACAAUGUGAUUGCUGAUUGUCUUUCUCGAUGUUAAAUGGGAAACAUGUAUCUGUACUAAUCUGAUAGUCUGUAGUUGUGUAGCAUGAUAAUUAUUAACAUUACUAACUGUAUGCGCGGUUAAAAUUUUCUUGGAAAAAUUUUUUUUUAGGUGGGAGGUGUUAUGGACUCAGUGAAAGUCCCUUUAAGAUAGAGAGUGUGUGUGUAUGUGUGUGUGGGGCGUGCUUACGUCAAUAGAAGAUAAAGGACGUAAUGACGUUGUUGAAGAAGUCAGAAGAAGAAGAAGAAGAAGAAGAGAGAGAGAGAGAGAAGGGAGAGAGACACCAGCCUGCUUGUUUUCUCUAUCGAUGGAUGAGAAACAAUAACUGUGUUUGCCACUGAAAUCCAUGUAUGGAAGUUGGAAGUAAUCCGGUGGAGUUCACUUUGUUGCUGACCUGUAGAAGGAAACAGGUAUUUGUGUGUGGACGACCACGAUUCGGAUGCUUUUCGGGGUGAGGAAGUCACUACCGAGUAAACACUGAAGUGUCGUUUGGGUUCCAUCGUGGAACAUUUGGAUUUCGUAUGUACUCUCUCUAUGUUUUUCUACAUCUACAUCUUAUCUUCAGACAACGGUGGUUGUUGAAGAAGCCCUUGCUCAUGUUUCACCUUAUGGCUUGCAGACCUGAACUUUAAGAACCAUUCCGGAACUGGGAGUUUUGGACUUUGUCACACACACACACACACACACACGAAGAGUUUAGUUUUGGGGUUAACGUUCGAGGUUUAACAUUCUUGAAUUCUAACAUACUAACAUUUUUUUUAACUUUUAUUUUACGUAUUAUCAUAAGUAGUGAUUAAUAAAAUAGUUUUAACACUGAAUCAUGCUCAGUGUGUUUCUUUUGUUGCUGGUUCGUGACAUGAGCAACUCACCUGACAUCCAAAGUCUUUCAAACAUCUAAAAAAAGGCACAAGUCAGGAAUGUGAUGGUAUACUCUCUACUUGACUGGAUAAGCGUAACUUUAACAACUCCUGAGUAGUUGUGCACCAUCCAGGACAGUCUGAUUUGAUUGGUACCCCAUUCUCAGCCAGCAUACAGUAGCAGCAGUGUGCCAUAUACAAAAUGCAUUGUACUUACUUGCCUGGACUACUCCGAUGGCACCUCCUAUAAUAGCAACUAAUAGGGACACCACCAAGUCACAUUGGAAGUGAAUAUAUUACCAAGCAGUUGCAUCAUAACCAACCAAAUCUCAGCUAGAUUUGUUUUAACCAGCUUAAAAAAAAUUAAAUCUCCACAGUUCAUACCAUUCCAAUUUGGACAAUUUUGAGUGCAUUACUCAUUCAGAUUCCUGUAAUUAUUAAUCAACAAUUAUUGGGUUGCCACCAUCAAAAAAAAUCUAGCUUUUCAUUUGAGAUGCAACAUGCGGAGAAACAAGAAACAUAUUCUUCCCAUUCUCCCUCAGAAAAAAACCGACUA